UCUCUCUCUCUCUCUGCUCCGCCUCUUACACCAGUUUGUCCUCCGUCUCUGUGUGCAGUAAAAUGGCAGAAGCCUUCCUAACAGCUCGGGACUCUUUCAGCUGUCCGAUCUGUCUGGAUCUACUGAAGGAUCCAGUGGCUAUUCCCUGUGGACACAAUUUCUGUCUGGGCUGUAUUAAGGACUGCUGGGAUCAGGAUGAUCUGAAGGGGGUCUACAGCUGCCCCCAGUGCAGACACAGCUUCACUCCAAGGCCUGUUCUCAACAAGAAUAGUCUCAUUGCUGAAAUGGUGGAAAAAAUAAAGACGACAAAGUUCCAAGCUGCUCCUCCUGCUGGAUCUCCUGCUGCUCCUCCUGCUGGAUCUGGAGAUGUGGAGUGUGACGUCUGCACUGGAUCAAAACUCAAAGCUGUUAAGUCCUGUCUGGUGUGUCUGGCUUCUUACUGUGAAGCUCAUAUUCAGACUCAUUAUGAAUCUCCCGCAUUAAAGAAGCACAAACUGGUUGAAGCCUCCAUGAAUCUGCAGGAGAAGAUCUGCUCUCUUCAUGAUAAGCUUCUGGAGAUUUUCUGUCGCACUGACCAGCAGUGUAUUUGUUAUUUGUGUGUAAUGGAUGAACACAGUGGUCAUAAGACAGUGUCAGCUGCAGCAGAGAAGACUGAGAAACAGAGUCAGUUAGGGAAAAACCGAGAAGACUGCAAGCAGAAAAUCCAGCAGAAGGAGAAGGAUGUGCAGGAGCUGAGACAGGUGAUGGAAGAUCUCAGGCGCUCUGCACAGGCAGCAGUGGAGGACAGUGAGAAGAUCUUUACUGAACUGAUUGAGUCCAUUGAGAGGAGACGCUCUGAGGUGAAAGAGCUGAUCAGAGCUCAGGAGAAGACUGAACUGAGUCAGGCUGAAGAGCUCCUGAAGAAGCUGGAGCAGGAGAUUGCUGAUCUGAGGAGGAGAGACGCUGAGCUGGAGCAGCUUUCACACUCAGAGGAUCACAUCCAUUUCCUCCAGAGUUACCUGUCUCUCCCUGCUGUUCCUGCAGUUACAGACCUAUCCACUAUCAAUACCAGUCCCCAGUUUUCUAUAGAGUUCAUGAAGAAACUCGUCUCUGAAAUGGAACAGGUGAAUGGAUUCAGCAAGCUGGAAAUUGUCGAAAUAUCUAAAGUUCUCACUGUCCAGCCUGCUGAACCAAAGACCAGAGAGGAAUUCUUGAAAUGUUUCUAUCAGCUCACACUAAAUCCCUGUAUGUCACACAGAAGUCUUCGUCUGUAUGGAGAGAACCAGCAAGUGGAUUUGAUUGGACAGAGGCAGGAAAGUUAUUAUGGGUCUAUUAUAACAAGAUAUUCAGAGAACUGGUGCCAGGUUCUUUGUACUGAGCCUCUGUCUGGACGCUGUUAUUGGGAAGUUGAGAUCAGUGGGCAUGUUUCUGUAGCUGUGUCAUAUAAAGACGUCAGUUGGAAGACCAGCGGAAGUCAAAGUGCGUUUGGGUCCAGUAAUAAAUCGUGGAGUCUGGAGUGUCUUGACUCCAACUUGUGUUUCAGAGAAAAUCAAGGUAAGAUGGAUCUCAGUGUACAACCUUGCUCCUCCAACAUAGGAGUGUAUGUGGAUCACAGUGCAGGAAUUCUGUCCUUCUACAGCGUCUCUGACACAAUGACCCUCCUCCACAGAGUCCACACCACAUUCGCUCAGCCCCUCUAUCCCGGAUUUGGAAUGAAGUCGAAGAAAAGUUCUGUUCGAAUUUGUGAUCACUGUUAGUCAUAUGAGCGAGUUUUGAAUAGAUGAGUUUAAACACCUCACAUCAAGGUCUUUUCUGCUGUUAAUCACAAAUGAAAGCAACAUGUUCACAUAUUCUUAUUUCUAAAACUACACUACUAAAAUAUGAGGAUACAUGUGGUUCAAAACAAAACAAAAGUUUUUAUAUUUGAAUACCUUGCAGGGCCACCUUCAUGUCCUUGGUCACAUUAAGCACAGUCUAUUAUGUCACAUCAUUCAACAGACAAAAUUCUUGUUUUGUCUGUGAUGGAAGUGUGGUUAUUUUUGCCUGCCUGUAAACAGCAUCUGAUGUUUAGUUGUGUCACUCUAUUGGUAGUAUUCAGAUGAUGUCACAAUUUGUGAUGUGAUAACAAAAGCAAAACCACUUCAGCAAAGGCAGUAAAACGUGCUUUUUUAACCACUUUUUAAAUCUUAUUUUUAAAGUGUAUUAACCAACGUGUUUUGAUUUGUAUUGACUUGAUUUCAUUUGAUUUGUUGCUGUAGUGAUAACAAAUGAAAGCUAAAAUCCAAAUGGCUGAGAUUUCCCGCUGCAUUGUUAUUUUCCCGUCCCGAACCGCAUACUAGCACACUAAAUAGUACGCAAAAGUAGCGCAUAUACCAUUAGAAGUGCGCUCAUUAGUGAAGUAGGUGAAGUACAGAAGUAUUUGGUUUGGGACGCAGUGUUAGAUCCAGUGAGCUCUGCUGUGCUGCUCGUUAGCUGUUCAGUAAACAUCUCCAAGCAAAUGUUUGAGGUGUUUUUUGAUUAAGGAUCAUUUAGUGAGGUCUUAUAUAUAUAUAUAUAUAUAUAUAUAUAUAUAUAUAUAUAUAUAUGUAUAUUUCAAUUCUAGGUUUUUCAAUAUAAUGCAUUUGUUGUAAAUAUAAAGUUAGGUGGAAAACUGUUGAUUAGCUGAGACACAAAUUAUAACACAGUGAUCAAUAUUAUUCAAUCAGUGUGUUAUCGUACAUAAACGUGUUGAGGUUGGGACUAUGAGUAAGUUCUCUGUAAAUCAGUUAUUUUUUCUCCUUAGGGCUCAUGACGAAUAUGAUCUAAAAUGAAUCUGGUGUCAAGUUAAGGGGAAGAUGUUAUGGAACUGUACUUCACUGUAUAUCACUGCUUUGCUUGUAUUUCAUGGAAAGUAGUUUUUUCAUGUCACUGAUUAUUCUUGUGUGUUCAGUAUAAAUCUUCACUUAAUUGUG